AGUUUAUCGAAAAAAAAAUUAGUUCAAAAGACAUCAGAAUUCAAUAGCAAACCACAUGAAUUAGUCUGUUUGGCAAUGAAACACCCCAAAACCAAUAGCCGAGAUCGAUAUCAAAGUUCGCCCGGCUAGAGGGCCUGAACAAUGCUAGAAGGUAACUAAUUUCCUCAGUGCAGGUAGAAAUCACAGACGAGAUGGAUGGACAAAUGAAGGGAGGGAAGGCUACCUUCUGACUUGCUCAAUUUCCCUCAAUCUGUGUUCCACUCACCUCCAAAGAGGCCACACGACAAGCCCUCCCACAAUCAAAAAAAAAAUCGAAACCAUGGUUAAGAAGUUCACUUCGCUUUUGGGGCUGUGUGGCAUUAGUGUCGUUGUUUGUGCUCAAGAGAAUUAUCACGAAUAUCAAGCCAAUAACCCAUGGGCGAAUUAUGAACGACUGGCUGAAAAGCAGACCCUCUCCCCAAGGAAUCAGUUCGUGGAUCGCCAAGGCUUCUUUGCCACUCCAGAGGCAACAGCCAUCGCCGCUGCGGCUUUGGGUGGGGUCGUCGGGUUGGUGGGGAUAGGCCUGAGUUUGGCGGAAGCGAAUACCCAACGACAAAACAUUGCACAAAACCUUGGGGCAACGACGUCUGGGCAAUUGGGCUCUUGUGAAAGGGAUCGAGAUAUCAUAAAUAAGAUGAACGAGUAUAGCAGAGUGAUUACCUUGUUGAUCCAGAACACCGGCCGUCGAUCUGAGUCACGCGUGCUCUUGGAUGCAGAAUCAAGGCAAAACCCUGAGCAGAUUCAGUUCUUACAAAGUGUAGCGGCACCAAUCGCAGUCCCAAAUUGUGGUUGAUCGAGCCAUGCUUGAUAUCAGUCUCACUCCUACCACUUGUUUGAGGUGAUCAUAAUUGAAAAUGUUCAUAAAUGCCAUGUUUACUCUACGUUAUUGUUUCUAAGCAAGCAUAAUAGUAAUAAAUAACCAAGCUGUUUGGACCGUGAACGAGUACUGCUUUCAAGUUUAACACCGAUUUAAGAUCUAAUUUGUUUUAUCUCCUGUUGGUGGGUACACGGGUCGAAGGUGCCAACGAAGCCGCUCAUCACGUCGUCCAAUGUUU